AUGCUACAAACAGCUCCUCACCUGGCAUUUGGCUAUCACCAGAAUGAUGCGGGGAACAGGGUUUAUUUAAUAAAAGAGCUCGAUAGAAUAACUGGGCAGGGGCAUUCUGCUAUAUCUGUGGAUGAUACCUUGAAAAUUAUAGCCUGCAGGGAACAACAAAAAAAGUUAUCAGCUCUGCAGAUGGAACUUGCUGCAGCCCAACAAGAGGGUUUUACGUCAAACCACUUGCUAGAGACUAAUAAGGCACCUAGAAAGAGGCCCCUAGUAGUAAUAGGAGUACUCACAAGAUUUGGACGCAAGAACAACAGAGAUGCAAUCCGUAAAGCAUGGAUGGGAACUGGUGAGGCUCUCAAAAAGAUGGAGGAUCAAAAAGGCAUCAUUGCUCGAUUUGUCAUUGGAAGAAGUGCUAACCAUGGGGACAGUCUGGAUAGAGCCAUUGACAGCGAAAAUAAGAAGACUAAUGACUUCAUGAUUCUUGAAAAUCAUGUGGAGAAACCUGAAGAGCUUCCAAAGAAGACAAAGUUGUUCUUUGCUUAUGCCUCAGAGAAGUGGGAAGCAGAGUUCUAUGCAAAAGUCAAUGACGAUGUUUAUGUAAAUAUUGAUGCCCUGGGAAAUGCACUUGCAGCUCAUUUGGACAAACCUCGUGCAUAUAUUGGCUGUAUGAAAUCUGGAGAAGUAUUCUCCGAACAGGGUCAGAAAUGGUAUGAACCAGAUUGGUGGAAAUUUGGAGAUAAGAAAGCGUACUUUCGUCAUGCUUCAGGCGAGUUGUUUGUUAUAUCCCAAGCUUUAGCUAAAUUUAUUUCAAUAAACAGAUCUAUUCUCCGUACAUAUGCUCAUGAUGAUGUUAGUGCUGGAUCCUGGUUUAUUGGCCUUGAUGUUAAACAUGUUGAUGAGAGAUCCUUCUGCUGCUCAUCGUGGUCAUCAGGUGCCGUGUGCGCUGGUGUAUGA